UGGUGGAGAAUGAGGGGGCUGGACCACCUGUCAUUUGGGGAAUUUGUGGAGUUCGUGGCAUGUUCCCCAGCUAAGGAGGCUGCAGUGCUGCCUGUGGUGCCCGUCAAAGCUGCAGUUCCCCCUGUGGUGGAUGAAGGAGCUGCAGUACCCCCAGAGGUGACUUGCGACACUGCAGAACCCCUAGAGGUGAACGAAGAGACUGCAGCACCUCACUCUUGUAGUCGGAGGAGGGGAAAGAAGAGAAAUGGCUCUUCCCCGCCACUGCCAGAGGUGCCUGCAGUGCCCCCAGAGGAGCCUGAUGAGGCUGCAGGCCCCCAGAGGUGCCUGAUGAGGGUGCAGCGCCCCAGUCUCGGAGAUGGAGGAGGAGAAGGAGAAAGGCUUGCUCCAUCCCACAUGGCCCUGAGGCCAUUCAGGAGCCCCCUGCUGGCCUGGAGACCAUUCCAGUCAUGCCCAAGCUCCUUGCCCUGCCGGCGCCCCCCAAGCUCCUUGCCCUGCCGGGGCCCCCCAAGCUCCUUGCCCUGUCGGUGCCCCCCAAGCUCCUUGCCCUGCCGGUGCCCCCCAAGCUCCUUGCCCUGCCGGCGCCCCCCAAGCUCCCUGCCCUGAUGCCGACUCUGUCUAA